GAUGGAUCUACGAGGUGUAACACAAUGGAGCUCUACAGCCGUUGGCGCAAGGAUGUUUCCCCGAUAUGGUAGGUCUUCGCUGCUACGCGUGCCCCGUCCUUGCUCCAUAAUAUCAUUUGAAGAUCCGGAAUGCCAAGCGACAUCUUAAUAGCUCACCUCCACGAUUUUUUUUUCUUCCUUUACACUUCCUCUUUGAGAGAGGAUGGGGAAAAACCCGGUGCUUUCUUGACCCUCUUUUCAUUACUUUCUUUUCUUCUUUUCGAUGCUAUGGGAAAUUGUUUAUUGUGCUGAUUUAUUUCUUUUGUUCAAGCCGGAACUGGAUUUCGCACGGGUCGAUGAAUGGUCAGACGUGUUCACGCCUCUUUACUUUCGAAACGGGGAUUUUUUUUGGGGACCUUGUGAUGAAUUAGGCGCACGUUGAGUGAAGCUGGUCUACACGAACGUUGCGUUAAAGUAGGGGGACCAAGAAAGAGAUUGGACAGUGAACUAUGGCGCCGACCUCUAGGAUACAGAGACGACAAACGGAUGUUGGACGUCCCGAUGGACUGGUGGAGAAGGAGAGGCAGACACGUGACGCAUCGUGUACGAAGAGAUGGCUGAGGUUCAGGUGCAAGAAGAAGAGUUUGGAAGUGAAUGUUUCAUUACAAGGACCUCCUACCGAAAACAACUCAAGCACCGCUCAUACGUCUUCUGGAAGCGACAUCAAGGGUGAAUCAAGCCAAGAACCAGCGAGCGAACCUUUCUCUGCUGGGGAGCUAUUGAAGAGGACCUUCUGGGACCUGCUGGGCGGGGAUGGGAGUGAUGACGAGAGUGGGGAUGCGGAUGAGAGUGAGGAUGAGGACGACAGCCGGAACCAUGUCGAUUUUGGCGUGCCUCUUUCUGAUCCUCUAUCGCAACUUCUCUCUCAUCCACUUCCCUUACCAUCAUUGAUACCAAACCCAAUUGCUGCUCUUAUACCACGACCGCCACCAGAAUCGUCUCCUCCACCAGCCGCCCCCCCUGUUACCUCGUCUCCUCCACCAGCCGCCCCUCCUGCUACCUCGUCACCACCACCACCGCCUCCUGCAGCAUCUCCUGCAGCGCCUCCUGCGGCAUCUCCUGCAGCAUCUCCCGCAUCUCCUGCGGCAUCUCCCUCUCAAUCGCAUGUUCCGCCUUCCAUCUCUAUUCCUCCACGAACAUCCCCCACAGACGGGAUAUCCGAAAAUCUUGGAGCUCCUUCGCCUUCCACGACAAGACCUCCUGGAUCGUCAUUCAGCGCACCUCUGCCCAAGAGUACGUCUACCGGUGAUGACAGUGAUGAUGAUGAUGAUGGCGGCGACGACAGCGAUGAUGACGGUCCAUCCUCAUCCAUUGGCAAGCCUGCCUCCUCAACACGAACUCGAUCUACUCUUACGGCUAUCGCGCCACCUUAUGAGACGCAGACGACAGGGGGCUCUGAGGAAAGGUCCACGACUAGCCGUACGAAAGAAGUAGCGAGCUCUUUCACUACGUCCGUGAUUUUGCCAGAUCAUACCGCGAGUACGACGACAAGGGCUGCAAUGACGAGCACUGCAAGCCCGAGUGGAACAGCUGCAGCUAUUCUAGGGCACGGGGCUGCACAUAGGUUGAGCCCGGCUGGCGAAAAAGCCGUCAUUGCGUCUACGACCAUUGGUGGAUUUGUCAUUCUUCUGGCUCUCGCCUGGUUUCUUUGGCGCUCGGCCAAGCGUAAAUCUGCUGGCAGAAAGCACGUUUGGCCAGCCAGCCGGGACAUGCUUGACGGCCCUCGGCGUAUCUCUAACAGAGUUACCGAUCGAUUUGCAUCCAUGAAAGGCCGCCUCUUGCCAGCCGCCCUUGGCUGGUGUAGCAUUGAUGAGUCCAACGAUGAAAAGGGUCUCGAAAGCGAGAAAGCGGUCCCAAAGCUGGCAUCGAAUAAUGCUGGCUUGUUGGAGAGGAGAUUGGGAUCUAAGACGCCACCUCAGCAUGUGACGGUGAAUUCCUACGGCAUGAUCUUCCGUACGCCGAUCCAUGGCGACUCCAUGUCGGAUAUCCUGGAGCGACCUAAGGUUACACAGCCGCCGGCCACCGCGGUGGCUCAGGAACGAUCUAGGCAGAUGGCGGCAGCCCAUUUGGAGAGCGCAAGAGCGAGCGUGAGCGUGAGUGCAUACAACUCGAGAUCGCAAUCUUUGGCACCUUCGCGCAAGAAUACCCGCAUCAGCGAUGUCUCGUCUUUAUCGUCAGGGUUUGGCGACGGAGACAUAAUCAUCACUCAACCCCCCACUGCUGCUGCCACCUAUGCUGUUACUCCAACUCGAUCCAAUACCUUUGACACAAAUAUUAACCUCAGUGCUGUCAGGACUAGCCCUGAGAGGAAGAGCUUUAACAGCCGAUUCUCCCGCAGCAACAGCAGAGACACCGUCAUGACAAACUCGUCGGAGGACCUGCGUCCCCGAUUCCGCACCGUCUCCUCCUGGGUACAUCAGCAAUCCCGCCGAACGAAGCAGCGAUCCGCGGCGAGGAGGAGUGAAGACCGUGGGAUGCCGACACCUUUGCCAGAGCAAGGAUUUGAUAUGAUGAUGCCUGACGGGGAGGUGCCGAGGAGAGUUGAUUCCUCGCUGUGGAAGGGGAAAUGAGAUGCUGCAUAGCGUGUGAUUUGCUGUUUUGUUCUAGCGGGAGAAGCGAGAGCGACGGAGUUUGUGCAUAAGGAAUAGAAAUGGAUUUUUAAAAGCAACCUUUUCGACAUAAUCUCUGGGGAGAAUUCGGUUGUUACUGAAGCCAUAUAUAAUCACUCAGUUCUAACAGAUCUAUCUGAUCGUAGUCGCUUCUAUGUGUUCAUAUCAGAGUACAAAUAAAAAG